CAACUUAGCCACGCCUGAUUCAGUCGAUAACUUUUGUCGCGUGUUUAUUUAUAAUAGUAAAUUUUUAAUAAUUAUAUUAGUUAGUUAGUCGAAGAUUGUCAUUUGUUUAAUAAUUCGUACGUACAUUAAAUUAAGUCAUUUGCGAGUGCUACAUAAUCUCCGAUGGACGAAUUGAUUUGAAGUUGCUGCGGCCAUUCACACUCAGCUCGCAAUAUUUCCACUUCGUGACAGCCAUAUUAUAAGAUUGGGUUUAAAUUUGCGCGUUUGAUGUUUUAACCAUCUUUGUACCCGUAUUAUCGUUUUUAAUGCGAUUUACUCAGUUUUAUUGUUGCGUUUGUCGAAAGUAUCGAUCGAUAUAAUUGAAACGAACCAACGGUGUGUUUUUUCCUCGAUAAUUUCUUAAAUCGUUUUAUUUGUUCGACUUGUUAUUGUGUUGUUUUCAAGUGCAAGUUGAUAGCUGAUGGUAAUUCGAGAAUUAUUUCAUGGCGUACAAGGUUACUAGGUAAAAAUAAUCUCAAUUCGGAUCGUACUCCAGUUCAGCCAAGAAUUAACGUUGAUCUGCGCGGAUCUGGCAUUAUUCGGUUGUUUUGACUUUAUAUGGUACCAAACUGGGUCGUAGAAUCAAAUUACACCUUAGUCCGUAUCCGACUGUGAAUCUUUUUUGACACCCGACGUAAUUUUAGUGAUUAUUCGAACAACCGAAGAACGAAUGGAAGUAAAAAUUCGCAGACGUUCUCCAUGAUCUCAUGGUGCUUUUGAAUGCAGAUUUUGUAUCAGCUUCAGCUGCACGAGCAAUGGAGAGCUCGGUCGCAGCGGUCAAUAGUAAAAGACUCGAUUCGUGGCAUAAACAUGAACAUGUAGCAUUGGCGAUGGAAAAACAGAAGGCUAAAUUAGGAAAUUGUAGCGGUAGCAGCCAACACCAAGUACCACUGUACGGACGUUUGGUCGGCGAAGAGCAUUUGGCGUCUUUGGCCCAGCAAGCGGCGGCCACAUCGAUCGCAGUACCUAACGAUGAUCAUGUAGAUCAUCACAUUUUGCAAGCGAGAAUACCCGGUAUUCAUCGCCAUUAUCGUGAUCCUGCCACCGGACCUUUACGUAAACUCAGCGUCGAUUUGAUUAAAACUUAUAAACAUAUUAACGAGGUGUAUUAUGCCAAGAAGAAAAGAAGAGCGCAGCAGUCUCAAGGUGAAGAUAGUUCGCAUAAGAAAGAAAGAAAGCUUUACAAUGACGGAUACGACGACGAGAACCACGAUUACAUUAUUAGAACGGGAGAAAAAUUCCUCGACCGAUACGAAAUCGAUUCGUUGAUCGGAAAAGGAUCUUUUGGCCAGGUGGUCAAAGCGUACGAUCACGACGAAAAAUGCCUAGUGGCGAUAAAAAUAAUAAAAAACAAGAAACCAUUUCUGAAUCAAGCUCAAAUAGAAGUAACCUUAUUGGAAAUGAUGAAUAAAGCCGAUGUCGAUAAUAAAUUUUAUAUAGUGAGACUGAAACGACACUUCAUGUGGCGAAGUCAUCUAUGCCUUGUAUUUGAACUGUUAUCAUAUAAUUUGUACGAUUUGUUGCGCAACACCAACUUUCGAGGCGUUUCGUUGAACUUGACGCGCAAAUUUGCUCAGCAGUUAUGCACUGCCUUAUUGUUCCUUUCCACUCCGGAGCUCAAUAUAAUACAUUGCGAUUUAAAACCGGAAAAUAUACUGCUGUGUAAUCCGAAAAGAUCUGCCAUUAAGAUAGUCGACUUCGGAUCAUCGUGUCAGCUCGGUCAGAGGAUAUACCAGUACAUCCAAUCGAGAUUCUACAGAUCUCCGGAGGUGUUACUAGGCAUUCCCUAUGACUUAGCCAUCGAUAUGUGGAGUUUGGGAUGUAUACUGGUCGAAAUGCAUACCGGAGAACCGUUAUUUAGCGGCGCCAACGAGGUAGAUCAAAUGAACAAGAUCGUCGAAGUGCUGGGGUUGCCUCCGAAACACUUACUAGAUCAAGCUCAUAAAACGAAGAAAUAUUUCGAAAAGCUUCCAGACGGCUCGUAUUUCAUAAAGAAGACGAAAGAUGGUAAAAAAUACAAGUCGCCUGCAACUCGACGAUUGCAAGAUAUCCUUGGUAUCGAGACCGGCGGGCCCUCGGGGCGACGUGUCGGCGAACCGGGUCAUUCGGUUUCGGACUACUUGAAAUUUAAGGAUUUAAUUGAAAGAAUGCUAGAUUACGAUCCUAAGACUAGAAUUACGCCGUAUUACGCUCUGCAGCAUAAUUUUUUUAAACGUACCAUCGACGAAUCGACCAACACGUCGUUACUGAGCGGAAAUUCAUUACCUGUUAGUAAUCUGAACCUGAAUUCGUCUUCGAGUAGUAGUUCCGGUAUACCUCAUUCGUACACGGAUUCGAAUAUUCAUCAGUCAGCCACGCGUGUGCUGUCCGAUCUCAACGCCUCGUCGCAAGCGCGUCACAACUCGAUCGACUACGAAUCAGCGGCGGCGGCGGCGGUCGCCGCUCACCACAGAUCGUCGCACCACCAUCUACCCUCGACGUCCGCGUCAUCGGCGGCGAUCGCGUCCACAUCUCAAGCGCCGUUGUCCGCAGCAGCGGCGGCGGCGCAUUACUCAGCGUCUUCGUCUUCUUCAUCGUCGGCGUUCCCUCAGCAGCCACCUCAGCACCGUACCAAUAACGCGUCCUCCGGAAGCGGUAGCAACAACAGUAGUAGUCAUCAUCAUGUAGGUAAACCUUCGAGUCAGCAUCAUCAUCAGUACCGCAGUGGCGGUAGCGGCAGCAGCGGCAGUUCGUCUUCGUCGCAUCAUCGUUCCGGCGGAGGAAUGGUGGCGCCUUCGUCUCUGCCGUUGAUACCGAGCCGGCACGCUGCGGCGGCGGCCGCUUUGGCCGGCGGUAUGGAAUGCGCUACGGUGGCCGCCGCCGCCGCCGUUAUUCCCACCGUCGUCGGCGGAUCCGGCGGAGCUUCGUCGUCGUCAUCGUGCACGUCGCUGAACGCGAAUCCGCCGCUGGUUACGUAUUCGCAUUCGUACUCGACCGGUACGCUGUCGCCGUCGCCUUUGUCGCCGUACACGACGUCGCUGCCGCCGCCGCCGUCUGCGUCGCAGCUAGCGCGCUCUUCAUCGUAUUGUUAUUCUUCUUCGCAGGCUAAUUACAAUACUUGAUCAUCGCUGCCCGCCCCCGGUCGUCAUUUUGUUCUUCGUGCGUUUGCGUUGUCGUCAUCGUCGUCGUCGUUCUCAUCUUCUUCGAUCUUCGUCGUACUAUUUCUACACUACGUUUACUACUACGCUUCUUGUACGUCUUGUAUCGUCGUCGGUGUCGUCUUCGCAGCAGCAUCAGUAGCAGUCUGCAUGGCGUACCGUUCGACGAUACGAGUGUUUCUCGAGCCAUAAUAUUGCCUUCAACGUCGAUAUCUGCUGUAUUCUGUAUCGCUACGAGCGACGAGUGGAUUCAUUCGUUCGUGCGACCUGGAAACAUACACACACGAUUGACCAAGACGUGUAUAGUAAAAUAGCCCACCACCAGCCGAGGUAUCGAUAUCGAUAGAAUGGAUUUUGUAACAGAAACGCAGCUUCGUGGUUCGGUUUUGGUUUUCGUCGCUGGUGCCGCAGCCAUCAUCGGUAUCAACGAUGCUGAAGUGCAGAAAAUUGACCCGGCGAAACGCUUCGGUCUAUAUUUUCGACUUGGAAGAUGGUGUGUAUUCUGGCCUUAUUCGUCGAUUUACUUAUAUCGAUGACUGGUGCAGUCUCCUUUGAUUCUCAUUCCCUUCAUCGGUGCGUCCUUUUUAUACGAGUAUAGUAUAUAGAUGAGUAUGAUGUGUAUUUAUACCUCGUUUACUAUCGAUGAUUUUUCGAAUUAUGAUGUUCGAAAAUCGUAUUCUUUUUAAGGGUGUGUUUGGUUGGGAUUUGUGAAAUAAGUACGUACUUAUUACGAUUAUAAUAUCGUAACGAUGAGUAAUAUUUGACCUGUCUGUCUCUCUUUGUUUCUCUGUUUUUUUCUGUCUCGGUCUUUUAAACGACGACGAGGAUUCUUCUUCUUAUUGGCUCGUGCUUAUUCGUAUACAUAUAAUAUUAUCUUAUUGUUAUUAUUACGAUUAUUGUGUAUCGUAUAAUAUGUAUAUUUACGCUAUAUACACCCCCGUGUCUCCCCUCCCCCCCAUCCCCCCGUUUGAAAUACCUACUAUUUAUGUACCUCUACCCCCUCCCACCCAAAUUACCUUCGUUUAUAUAUCGUAUAUAGUUAUGUUGGCGUGCUAUAUCCUUUCCUUGUUUUCCCUCUGCAUGUUUCGCUGUUAUUUUUGACUUUUGACCGAACUAUUCGUCGAGAUUUUUAUUCGCGUAGACGAGAAAAAUGAGGAUCAGAAUCUUGACUGCUUUUUUUCCUCUCUUUGGAGUUAUUGGCGUGGCUGAAGUUGCUUCUAGGUCAAUUUUUUCCUUGAAACUGUUUCGAAAUUGGGUGGGGGUGUUUUUUCGUUUUCGUUUUGGUCGAAAUUUGGUCAAAUGUCUCCCCCUCCCCAAUUAUUGAAAUUUUCGGUGCGAAGUGAAUGGUUUUUUUUUAGUGUAGAACGAGGGGGUGAUAUUACUGGAAACAUGGCUGACUUCCGAAGAAAAAAAGGGGAAAAUGAUCCUUUUUUUUUUGAAAUGGUAAAAUAAUUUUGAAAAUUUGUCGAAUUUUAAUUCUUUUUUUAAAUUGGAUAGUGCUGAAAGGAGGAACGAUAGCCCUAAAAGUGAUUCCUCACGAGCCUAAUUAUUGUAAUAUUUUGAAAUCUCCCUCCCCCUUCCCUCCUUCUGUUGUCGUGUUUUAAUUUUAACCUGACGACUUGGAAUUUUGAUUUAAAACACGUGUAUUAAGAUGACACGUACUUAUUUUUAUACUUGAAAUUUUUUAAAAUUUUAUUUGAGAUGUGGAAGAGAUUUUGAAACAGGGCUGAAAUACUCGUAAAAUUUUUGAAAUUUAGAUUUUAAUGAUGUUUGCGCAUUUUGAUGACACCCCACCCCCCCCCCCCUCCCGACUUCGUUGAUUCUAUUUUUGUAAUGGUUAUUAGAAUAUGAAAUGAACCGAAAUUCUGAGAGAAUCAUUUUUGAUGGUGGAGUGAGGUGCUGGGGGUGGAGGGGACGUUGUGUCUCAAAAUAUUUUGAAAACUGGAAAUGUUUUCAACAAAAAACCAAAAGUGACAGAAAGUCUUGCGAAUUCACUUGGGAGAAUCCUGUUUUUUGGUUAAAAUUGCUGAAUAGUUUCUGUUUUUGUUUUUUGUUUAGAAUCCUGAUUAUUUAGCUAGAAUUUCAAAAGCUCAUGUUUUCACCAAAAAUUACAAAAAAAAAGUCCUGCUUUUGCUAAAAAGUCGUGUUUUUUGGAUAAAAUUAUUGUAAAAUGAAUCCUUUCAAUUCAAAAUUGCAGUAAAAAGUCCCGUUUUCGUUCCAAAAUUACCAAGAAAAAUUCUGUUUUGUUGUCAAAAUAUUGUGAAAUUGUUUUUGGUGUUCUGUUUUCACCAGUGCUGAAAAAAAAUUUACUUUUUUGGCAAAAAAAUUGCAAAUAGCGUUGUUCAUACUUACCAAAAUUUGAAAAAAUUAUCUUUUUUUGUUGAAAUAUGCAGGGAAAAGUCCAGUUUUUUUUUUAAACUAAAAUUACAAAAUAUUUUCUGUUUUUUUUUUAUCAAAAAUGCGGAAAAAAUUCUGAUUUUUUUAGCUGAAAUUUCAAAAAAAUUCUUUUUUGCGAAAAUUCUGCACAUAAAGUACCCUUUCUUCGCCAACGUAACAAAUUUUAAGUAAUUAUUUUUAAAAGUCCUGUUUUUGCAAAUACUGCCAAAAAAUUCCACCCUUGUUUCAAAUUGCUAAAUUUUCUUCUUUUUUUUUGCAAAUUAUUUAUUUAUAGAACUGAAACACAAUUCAAUGACCUGAAAUUAUAAGUAUUUGAGAAAAUUGCUAAAUAUUUUGGUUUUUUUUUAUUUUAUUUUUUUUUCGACAAAUUGCUGUAAAAAUCCUGUGGUGUGGUCAAUUGUAAAAUAAUUACUGUUUUAUUGUCAGAAAUCUUGUUUUUUUUUUUUUGGUUUUUUUUGAAAGGAAAACUUUGGGUUUGAAGCUAAAAUUCCGAAAAAAAUUUCCCAAAAUUGAAUAAGACUAUCUUUUGAAAUUAUUUUUUAAAAUCCUGUAAACUAGCUUUAUUGCUUUUUUUUUGCCAAAAUUGCAGAAAAAAACUAAAAAAAAAAUAACAUGUUUUUGUUUGUUUUUAUUUCAAAAAUGUCAGAAAAUUACUGUUUUUUUUGGCGAAAUUCUUUUUAAAAAUCUUGUCUUUUUGAGCUAAAAUUUCAAAACAGACUGACUUUUCAAAAAUAGCAAAAAAUCCUACCUUUUUGACUAAAUUUCUGAAAAUUAAUUGCAAAGGAAUCCUGAUUUUUGGCCAAGUUGCUACAAGUCCUUUUUUUCCUGUCAAAAUUGCAAUAAAAAAAAUCCUGCGUUUUUUCGUUUUUUAGCUAAAAUCUCAAAAAAAAAAAAACUUUUUUGGUCUAAGUCGCCAAAUUGGUUGAAAAGUCUCAUUUUUUGACAAAGUUACCAAAAUAAUGGGAUUUUUCAACGUGCUUUUUGCCAAUUGUGCUUUGAAAAAUUCCAUUAUUUUUGUUCCGAAUUCAAACAAAAAAUAAAUUAAAAAAAGGUUCUAUGUUUUUUACCGAAAUUGUUGAAAAAUUAUAUUAAGCUUAAACCAACGUUUUCUAUAUUUUGUUCUAUUUGAUUUGUAUUAAACUUGAUCCUCUUCUCCUUUUCUCCAAAUUGUAACAUUUUAGCCUUUUUGCAAUAAUUUCAAUAAUUUUUUGUAUUUUUUUUUUCAAAAAUCCUGUUUUUUUCAUCCAUUUCUUUUUUGAUGGAUUUGAAAUUUUUUCAUUUUUUUUUAGUUUUAUUAAAAAACGCAAAAGUUUUAACCUGUUUUUUUUCUCUGUUGAAAUUACCAUCAAAAAAGUCCUGUUUUUUGUUGUUUUUUUUCUAUUUGAAAUUUUAAUUUUUUUUUUAAAUUUUAUUAAAAAAUAGACAACUUACAAAAAUUUUAACCUGAAUUCCCUCGUUUUUUUUUGGUUUUUUUUUUUUUUCAUUUUCAAAGAGGUUAAUGUGCUAAAAAUUGUUACUAAUUUUUAAAAUUUUAUGGGAAUUCAACUCCCUCUCCCCUUCUCAUCCUCAUUAAGUUCACUCAAAAUCUUCAUAUCUCAAUGUACAAUAUUCGAGUAUUCGCUUUAAAUUUUUCCGUGCCAAAAAAAUCUUGUAUUUUAAAAUUUGAAGCUGAAGCUUUCGUUGAAUAUUUUUUUUAUCGAUUGAAAAUAUCUAAUGUCUAACCUCCCCCCCCCCUAUUUUCCAAUUUUAAUAACGCUCACGAUGGGAACUUGUGCUAGAAGAUUCUGAUUGAAGGAGAAUUCGUUAUACUAAAACAAGCCGUUCAUUUCGAGCGAAUUUUAAAAAAAAAAAAAAUUGAAAUCGAAAUCUAACUAUUAACGCCUUAUUUUAAGAUGUUUCCCCCUCCCUUCC